ACAAAGAAUGUCAAAACAAAAUUUAAUAUUUUUAUUUUUGAUUAGAGAUUGUGUUUUAACUUCGAAGUUUAUGUCUUGAGAUUUCAGUAUACAUAAAUAACACAAUAGUAGUUAAGUACUUUGUUACAGCAACUAGAUGGCUACGCGUAUGUAAGAUAUAGGUUAGGUUAUAAUUUGUAUUUUGUAGUGUGAUAAGUUGUUUCCAUAGAAACAAUAUGAAAAGGAGAACAUGUUUAAUCGAAUGUUUGGAAACUGUCAAGGAUCCAUUUUUCACAGGUAUUGAAAAAAGAAUUAAAGAGAACGUUUAUAUUACCGAAAACAUCAAUAUGAUUUAUAAAAACACAGCUUGGUACAAAUCGUUACUGAAUGCCGAAAAAUCAUGUAUAAAAGAUAAUAAAAUAAAGAAGAUACAUUACAAGUUUGAAGAUGGUCGUGAAAUGGUUGAAGAAUACAAUAUAGACACGCAAGUUUUAUUGCGUAGAUCUUGGAAACUAAAAGGAAAAUUAGGAGGUGAAGGUAAAUGGCAAGCAGAGAUUGGUGAUCCUAUUCCUGAAGUCAGUGCUAAUGUUGAAGUGGCAGAUUUAACUGAAUGUAAAGACCAGCCUAUACUCACACGACGGAAUACAAGGGUAAAUUUAGAAUGGAGAAUUAGAAAUUUGCCAUACCCCAUAGAAACUUAUUCAAUUAAAGUUGAUAAUGAUAAUAAAUGCAUUAUUGUAAGCACCACAAAUAAAAAGUAUUACAAAAAACUAGAAGUUCCUGAACUUCAGAGAUUGAAUUUACAGCUGCAACAGGCUAAUGUCCAAUCUUCUCAUAAUUUUAAUACCUUGAUUAUUUCUUAUAAGAAACCUCAACCACUACUUGAUAUGGAAAAAGAAUGGUUUGAACAACUGAAAACAGUCAAACCUAUUAAAGACAUUCCAAAUGAAUGCAAUACUCAGUAAAGAUUCUUUACUUUUACUGUAUGAAAUGUGAUUAGGAUGCUAUUAAAA